UUUUAUAUUUUAAAUUUUUUUUUGAAAGCUGCAAAACGUAGCUUGCAUUUUGAUUAAAAAAAUAUUUUAAUCAAGAGUCUUGCCUAUAAAUACUACAGUCGAUUCCUCUGUCUUUCAUACCUCAGCCCCAUUCCUCUAUCUUUUAUACUUGUGAGUUUUUUUACAAUUAGUAGUCUCAAAAAAGUUGGAUGAGAUAAGGUUGAGGUUAUGGAAGGUAUUGUAAAUUUGCGGUUGUCUUAUAACGGUGAGAUUAUACUAAAUACACACGAAGGAGUGACUUUUGUUUAUGAAUGUUCGUUUUUCUUUACUAUUCCAUGCACCAUGAGUUUUGUAGAGUUAGGAAAUAGUCUUUGUGAGAACAUACAAAGUCACAUUUCAAAGAGAGUGAGCAACAUUUUAUACAGGAAUCCUGUAUAAGUAUUUGGUGGGCUAAUACAGUUUCAAACAAUGUCCAUCACUGAUGAUGUAUGUAUGCAGCAGAUGUUCUAUAUUUAUCAACAAACCCGAUUUCACGUGCCAAUGAUAGAGUUGUACGUUGAGUAUGAACAGUAUAUGGGGCUGGACGCGGUUGGCGAGGAAGUGAAUAUGGAUGAGCUCGGGGAUAUAGAUUGGGAAGAAGAUAACAACGGCAGUAAAGAGAGUUCAAAGUCAAUUACGAAGUUGAUGACAAAAACAAUGACGGAGACGAGGCAGGCAAUCCGACGGUGCAAAAUGAAGCAGAUGCACUUGUCAAUUAGCACCCCUUUGGUGUUUCGUCUUUUAUGUGAACUCUGGAUCUCGCAGCCAUGCAUGUCCUGAAAUUUUCUGAGUAUGCAAAUAUGGGUGAAGAUAAUGCUGCGGUGGAAGAUAGUGAAUUUGGUGUCAGAAUGGAAUUUGGUUCUAGAGAGUCGGUAACCUCUACAACCAAAAGCUAUACUAUCUCUAGAGGAUUUGAUUACACUGUGUAUGAUUACACUGGGUAUGCUACAGGAUGCGAUUGGCUUAUCCGAGCUAGCUUGAUUCAAAAGAGAGGUUAUUGGGAGAUCAGAAGAUACAAUGGCAAAUACGCGUGCACCAUGGGAACGAUUUCACAAGAUCAUACCAAGUUGGACUCAGACACAAUUGCAGAUGCUAUUAAGCCAUUGGUUGAAGCAGACCCAUCAAUAAAGGUAAAGUCUAUUAUUACAAAAGUUCAAUCCAGGUUUAACUACAUUGCAAGUUAUCGCAAGGCUUGGUUGACAAAGUAGAAAUUUGUCGCAAAGGUUUUUGGUGAUUGGAAAGUUUCUCACUAGACUCUGCCAGUAUGGUUAAAAGCAAUGGCUGCAAAGAUGCCAAGAUCUCGUGUUCAAAUAAAAACUAUCCCUGUCUAUCGUGAGAGUGAGGAAGUGAAUGGUGUAAAAGUUCUCCAUUGGGUACUUUGGAGCUUCUAUCAGUGUAUUACAACAUUUAGACACUACAAGUCAUUGGUGUACGUUGAUGGCACACACCUUUACAAAAAAUAUAAAGGUGCACUUUUAGUUGUAGUGGCACAAGACGGGAACCAAAAUAUUGUGUCAAUUA